UGGUGGCCUGGAACGUGCCCACCCAGGACUGCAAGCCCCGCUUCCAGGUGUCCCUCGACUUCAGCAUCUUCGACCUGCAGGCCUCCCCCAACGAGGGCUUCGUGGGGCAGAACCUCACCAUCUUCUACAAGGAGCGUCUGGGGCUCUACCCCUACUACACCAGCCAGCAUGUGGCCGUCAACGGCGGGGUUCCCCAAAACACCCCCAUGUUCAUGGUGAGCACUCUGCAGGUGGCCAAGAGCUUCCGACCCAAGCAACUCUGGGGGUUCUACCUCUUUCCUGACUGCUAUAACCAUGACUACAGCAAGAACAAGGAAAGCUACACUGGGCAGUGCCCAGAUGUGGAGAAGACGCGCAAUGACCAGCUGGCGUGGCUCUGGAGGGAAAGCAUGGCCCUCUACCCCUCCAUCUACCUCGACCUACUCCUGGCCUCCACCCCCAACAGCCGCAAAUUCGUGCGGGCACGGGUGAUGGAAGCCAUGCGCAUCUCACAGCAGCACCACGAUGGCUAUUCCCUUCCCGUCUUUGUCUACACUCGGCCCACCUAUAUCCGCAGGCUAAACGUGCUCAGCCAGCCGGACCUGAUCUCCACCAUCGGAGAGAGCGCGGCGCUGGGUGCAGCUGGAGCCAUUUUCUGGGGCGAUGCAGACUUCACCAAAAACCGGGAGUCUUGCCAGAUCAUGAAGAAUUACCUGGAGGGUGACCUGGGCCGCUACAUUGUGAAUGUCACAACAGCAGCGCAGCUCUGCAGCAUGAAACUGUGUGAGGGCCGAGGCCGAUGCCUGCGCCAGGACAGCACCGCUGAUGUCUUUCUCCACCUCAACUCCACCAGCUUCCAACUGCGGCGCCGGGAUGGAGACCACCCGCAGCACCCCCUCUUCUGGGCCGAGGGCCAUCUGUCUGCUGCUGAC